AUGCCUCAUGAAGCCAGAGAGCCGGUUAUUAAAGACGCGAUCAAUUUUGUCGCACAGCAGCAGCAAUCGCUGGAAAUGGACGAGGCGCCCUAUCGCGCGAGACUUUAUCAAUUAUUCGGGUUCAUCGAGAAGGAAUUCGACGCGUUGUAUGCCGAAAAUUGCGCGCGUGAGUUACGCAAUCGGGUGGCGCAGUUGACCGAAGGCAAUGAGCCGCUCUCGAUGCCGGACCCGAUAAAGUUGCCGGGCAGUGGGCGAAAGGCGAUACUGAUGGGCCAGAAGCUGCGGACGGCGUUCCGCGGUCCGCCGGUGUUUCGCGACGGCGCCAAAUUUCGUCUCAUCAAACAUCUCGACGGUCACAAAGACGGCGUUUGGCACGUCGCCGGCGACGGCGCGCGAAAUUUGGCGGCGAGCGCGAGCGCCGACCAAACCGCCAAAGUGUGGUCGUUGGAGACGGGCGCGUGUCUCGCGACGUACACGGCGCACACCGGCAGCGUCAACAGUGUGGCGAUGAACGCCGACGACGGCGUGUUGGCGACGGCCAGCGGCGAUGAGUCGACGCACAUUUGGAAGGUGGCGAGCGGAAGCGACGACGAGAACGCGGCCGACGACGGCGUCAUCAUCAGAAGCCCGAUGCUGAAACUCACCGGCCAUCGAGCGCCGGUGAUUUGCUGCGAAUGGCUCGGCGCGCAAAUUGUCACCGCCUCGUGGGAUCGCACCGCCAACAUUUGGGACGUCGAGCGAGGCGAGGUCACCAAUAUUCUCAACGGACACGAAGCCGAACUGAAUCAUUGUUGCGCGCACACGCAUCAGAAGCUCGUCGCCACCUCGUCGAAAGACUCGACGUUUCGCCUUUGGGAUUUCCGAGAGACGAUUCAAUCGGUCGCGGUAUUUCAGGGACAUCAGGAAUCCGUCUCAUCCGUGUCCUUCACCUCAUCGGAUCGCAUCGUCUCAUCCAGCGACGACGCCACCGUGAAAGUGUGGGAUUUGCGAAACAUGCGAACCGCGCUCACCACAAUCCGAUUAUCGGCGGCCGCGAAUCGAGUGGCGGUCAGCCAGACGCACGGCAUUCUCGCGAUUCCCAUGGAUAAUCGACACGUUCGAAUUUACGAUCUAAACGGCAACCGAUUGCCGAAAAUGCCGAAUCGACGGUGCCAUUCUCGCAUUGUAACUUGUUGCGCGUGGCUCGACGAUCAUCCAACGCAUAAUCUACUAACUUCGGGCUUUGAUCGCCUCGUGUCAGCCUGGAAAGUCAAUAUAUCGACAAAGGAUUAA